AUGCUGGAUGAAUCGGAAACGAAGGACUCGUCUCUGCUGAACUCAGCGGAAGAAGAAGCUCUGAGAAAGAUCCUUGGUGAAUUGAAGGGCGGAGAGGAAGUAGAGAGCCUGGAACAGGAGCCGUUGGUGGAGGAGAACGAGGAGGAAAGAAACGAGACGAGCGAAGAGGAGGAGCAACAGAAGAGAAGACAUGAGAGACAGGUUGGGGUAAAGGAGGAGGACGAGAUCCUUGUGCAUCAGUCUCAUGCAGAAGUUAUCACGUCUGUGUCAGAGAAGCGCACGAUUGCGCUGACAGUACAUGGAGAGGACGAAGGAGUUAGCUGUGGGUUGAUAGAAUGGCUCAGCACACACCUGCCGCCGACGUCCAAGGCACAGUGCAGCUGCUUGCAUGCUAGCGGGCGAUACCUGGUGAUCGGGCUGUCAACAGGACUGUGCAAGGUGUUCGAGUACCAGGAGGAGAACUUAUUCGGUCUGUUGGUGCAUGAAGCGUCGAACAACGAUAGGGUCACGUGUGUAAGAAUUUCACCUCAGGAAACUUUCGUGGUAGUUGGGCAUGAAAGUGGUCGGAUUGUUGUCUGGGAUGUCAAGAGAUGUCAGAUGCUGAAGAGCUUGACGGAUGUGCAGAACAGUCCGAUAACGCGGAUUGAUUUCAUCGAGAAUAGGAAGUUCCUGUGUGUGGGAAGCUCAAACCUUGUAUUGCUGAUGACAAUCUCGCAAGUUUUGAUGAUGAAUGUCGUUCAGAGUGAUGUCAUGCUGAGAGGAGAUGAGUGCGAUAUUGACAACAUCACUUCUCUCUCUGUCGCGCCAUCUUCGCAGGCUGCGGCUGAAAGCGCCCAGGAAUCCUCGUCGUUGAUUGCUUUCGGUGGUAGCGAGAUGGUUUUCCUGACUUCUCUGCAGCCGAAAGCAAAAAUCUUGAUGGCGAUCAAACGGCCGAAGCUUGCUCCUGCGUUCGCGAUCCCUCAGUUUGGUUGGGCUCCUUGGCAACUUCGGCAGACAGUGAAAGGAGGGUUGGCGGGUGUGAAGAGCAAGGAGUUGUCAGGUUUUAGUUCGUGCUUGCCUCUGGCGAUAGGAUGGGGAUUCAUGUUUCGAGUUGUGAACGUUGAGUUUGCUUUCUUCGAGUCAGGAGCAACCAAUCAAUAUUGGAAUCUGGCAAAGACAUCGGGCAACUCGCGAUACAAGUUCCAUGAUGCUUCACAGCACAGGCUGUCUGAAUGUAUCGGAGCGGUUGUUUGGGUGAAUGCAAGGACGAUCUUUGUCUCGAAGACAGAUGGAGCUUUGCUACUCUAUGAUUGUAAGAUGCCUGUGUUGAUAUCAUACCUUUGA